AUGAGGCGCCGGCGCCUCCACUGCGCCCGGGCCGCUCCCCUCCGCACCGCCGCGCACGCGGCAACGACCCCUCGAGCUUCGCACCCGAGCACGCUCAUGCGGCGCAGGCGCGCUCCCGCCGCCGCCGCGCGCUGCCCCUCCGCCGGCCGGCCGCCAGGGCGCGUGCGCGGCCUGCGGGCACAUGCGCGGUGCGCGCGGCGUGGCGGCGCCUGCGCGCGGGGGCGGAGCGGAGCGGGCUCGGCUGAGGCGGCGGCUCCGGGGAGCGGAGCCCUGCGGGACAGCCCCGCCGCUGCCUCCUCCACCGCCUCCUUCUCCUUCUCGCCGCAGCAGCUGGUGCUGCUCGUGAUGCAGCCGUGCGGCGGCGAGGAGGCGGCGGCGGCAGGGGCGGCGGGGGGGGUGCUGCCUCUCCCAGGCACCGACCCGCCGCUGCCGCCCCCCGGGAGCGGUGGCCUCAUGUUAUUCUACGAGCUGGGGGGGCCCGGCGACGGUGAAGCCGAGGCGGGGGACGAGGCCGAGACGGCGGGCGGCGAGAGCACGGUCAGCCCGGAGGAGCUGGAGGAGGAGGAGGCGACGGCGGCGACGGCGGCGACAACCUCGGGAGGCGAAGCGGCGGCGGGCGGCGGCUGCAAGAGCUGCACGUACCAGGGCUGCAGCGAGACCACCACGCAGGUGGUGAAGCAGCGCAAGCCCUGGAUGUGCAAGCGCCACCGCAACAAGAUCUACAAGGACAAGUACAAGCGCAAGAAGAGCGACCAGGCCCUGGGGGGCGGCGCGGCGGCCGCCGCGGGGGGCGGCCCGCGGGCCGAGGAUAGUGUUGAAGGUUCAGUGUCUGUUACAAAACAGAGAACAGGUUCCCUUGGAGAUCGCCCAGCAAGACCUACUCUUUUAGAACAAGUAUUGAAUAAAAAGAGGCUGUCUCUACUCAGAAGCCCAGAAGUUGUGCAGUUCCUACAGAAACAACAGCAAUUGUUAAGUCAGCAGGCUUUGGCACAAAGGCAGCAGCAGUUUCAAGGAGCACCUGGGUGAUCAGAACAGAUCGGUGACCUGCAGAUGAGUCUUGUGCUGAACAGGGAAUAGGAUCUGUAUUUUAUAUAAAUGCCAAGAAUCUCAGUGUUGAAAGAAAAACUAAAGUUGCUGCUGUUACGCAUUUUACUUGGUUCUUGUUUGCACUUUUGAGGUUUUGAGCUGCUUGGGUGUCUGCAAACUUGUGAGCAAAUCUGGAGGAGUCUAUUUUUUGAUUAUUUUUAAAACUUUGGUUUAAUGUUUAAUUUUUUUAAUAGAAAUUUCUUUAUAUUGGUAACCUUUAGCUGUACACCCUUUUCCUACCAAAGUCUUCACUAAAUUAACAUUUUUUCUACGUAAAGAUUUACAGUUGAACAAGUCACUCUUUGAUGACAAUCAUUGAGGGAAGUCAGUUACUUUCUAUGGAAGUUGUGAAAUAAAGUCCUGAAUUUGAGCCAGUCCAGUGGCACGACCUAACAACAAUUGCUCAGGGAUACGAGAAACUUAGGUUGGGUAGAAUCUUGCACUAAAGGCAAAGAUGACAUGCCAUCAAGAAGCUGAUCCAGUGUCUCAGAACAGGUGAUCCUCCUGCUAUAUAUUCAUUAUCUGCAAGUUGAGUAGGUUUGAAAUGCUUCAUUAUCUGUGCAAAGUAUGUAAAAGAAUUUGUGUUUAGACAUUCCAAAAGAGAUAAAAUAGCAAAAUGCUUUAGAGAAGAAUGAGGCGAAACAUACGCAACUGAGAGUUGGACGUUGUUUUGGGGAGUUAUUUGUAAGAACCAGCCUCUGAGACAUUAAAUAUAACUUAAUUACGGAUGAGAAUAUCACUCAUUUUUAAGCGACUAAAUGAAGUUUUAAAUCUUUUAACUCAUGUUAUCAAAUGCAUCCAAAAACUAAAAUGUAAUUGUGCAUUUUUUUCCUUCAUGUAGUCUUUUUAUUCUUAUAAAAAUAUAUAUAGCUAAAAUUCUCCCAUUAAGAGAACUGAUAUCUAAUAGGCUCUAGUGCUGGACUUCUCAGGUUUUCAGCCAAUUCAGAUGAACAUGCAGUUGAUUUGGUUAAGAAUUCAAACACUGCAUUUGAGUGUUGAAUCCCACAUUGUGUUUUUAAAACAAAGAUUUUUUUUAUUAAGCCACAUUUUUAAUAGAGGUUAUCUGAAUGGUGUAGGUGCUUAUUAAAGUACUACUUUGAUAUUGCAGCAGUUUGAUCUGCUGAGUAAUAUCUCUCCACGAGUAUUUGUUAGUCUUACAGAGUUUUACAAGCUGUGCUUUAUGUAUGUAGAAUUUGUUCAGUAGGAUGUAUUGUAUUUAGCAUUGUGCAAGUUGUUCUUUAAAAAAGAAAUUUAAGAACUUUGUAUCAACAGUUCUGGACCAAUAAGUGUUUGAGUAAAAUCUUUGUUUUUCUUUAAAAAAGAA